AUGAAGAAAAAAUGCAAAACAUCUACACUUAAGUCGAACAAAUCCGUUGAUGAUGGUAGGCCUACGUCUCAACCUACAAUUAAGAGCGCGUUCCAAAAACAGGAGUUAUGGCCCCCAACCAAUGCACAGGCCAUCCAGCUAACUAACCAAAUAGGAAAAUUUAUAGUUGCCGGAUUCCAUCCCUACUCAAUCGUGGAAGAGGCGGAGUUCAAGGGACUUAUGAAGCUCACUAGCCCUCGAUACCAAGUACCGAGCAGGACCACAUUUUCCCGAAGUGUGAUUCCAAAAAUGCAUGAAGCAUUGACAAAGAAGAUAAAAAAUGAACUGAGAAGUUUCAAUGACCUGCAGUCAUGGAGUUUCACUACAGAUGGAUGGACAUCUAAAAAACAUGACGGAUACAUGUCGCUGACAUUUCAUUGUCUUACUGACAAUUUUGAAUUAAAAUCAUACUGUCUAGCACUGAAACAAUUAACUGUUCAGCACACCGGUGCCAAUCUUUGUAAGGGAAUAAAAGACACAAUCCAAGAAUGGGAGAUAGAGAGUCUCAUUGGUGUAAAUAAAAUUCCGAUAUAUGCUGUGACCGACGGUGCCUACAACAUGAGAUCAGCAAUUUCCCAAUGGAAACAGUGGACUCACAUUGACUGCUUUGGCCAUGUUCUCCAACUGUGUGUUGAGGAUGCCAUUAAGGCAACAGUUCCUGUGAGCCACCUAAUGGCUAAAUGCAGAACCAUAGUUGGCCAUUACACACGCAGCAGUGUGGCAAACGCAAGAUUAAGAAGCGAACAAGAAAAUCUUGGGCAAAAGCCAUUAGAACUAAUCCAAGAUGUUCCAACUAGGUGGAAUAGCCAAUAUUUUAUGUUGGAAAGACUAGUUCGAUGCCGCAAUGCAAUAAACCUUGAGUUGGGCAGGAGCAACACACAAAUAAACACCUUAAAAGGCAACGAGUGGGCUUUGGCUGAAAGUGUCCUAAAGGUUUUUGAACCCCUCGUUGAAGCUACUUCAUUUUCAAGUGGGGAAACGUAUCCGACAAUUUCUUCCAUUCUGCCAAUGAUGUUUGGAAUAGAGAAGGUGCUAGUAGAUAUAGAUGAAAAAGAUGGCAGCACCGAGUUUGGGGAAGCUGUUAGAAGAUCUCUAAGGACACGAUUCGGACCUCUUGAAUCCAACCCUCUCUACCUAAUCUCAACCCUCGUUGAUCCUAAGUACAAGCUGGCGGGCUUAAACCCAGAGCUUCACCUUCGAGCUCAGACACACCUCAAUAAAGAACUUAGGGAUAACCAGCAAUCAACCCCAAGUCAAAUAGAUACGCCUAGUGAAGAGACAGCUCCGUCAAAUUCAAGAAGUAUUUUUAGGUAUCUCGAAGAAGGACCAGAAAUUUUGUCACAGAGUACGGAUGAUGAAAUUGACAUUGAGGUGAAAAUGUAUUUAAAGUCACCCAAAAUAAAACAAAAUGAAUGUUCACUCUCUUGGUGGAACAGAAACAAAUAUCUAUUUCCCAAAAUUGCAAGAGUGGCCCUGAAAUAUCUGGGCAUUCCGGCCACCUCUGUACCAAGUGAAAGACUAUUUUCAUCAGCUGGAAACACCAUCACUUCUAGACGCAGGGAAUUGCUUCCUGCACAUGCAGAACAACUUGUUAUUUUGCAUGACAAUAUCAAACUUGUUUCUUAG